AUGACCUCAUUAAAGCUAUUUUAUGCUGGAGAGUGCCGUCGAAUCCCCCAUGCGCCAAAAACAAUCCAAGAGCUCCGUGAAAAACUCAAAGAAAUGUUUGGCAUUGACAACCCUAUAAUCCAAUAUAGAGAAGAGAGAGAGUUUAAGUUAGAGGGGUUAAAACGGGGGUUAUUUCAGUCUCUAGUCAGCUGAGCUUCAGUUUCACGCUUCAUGCUGUGCUAUUCACUAAAGCCACCAAUGUCCUUUUCCUUUAGGGUCACAAAAAAUUGGUGGCAUCAUCAGUCUGUCGGAAUCUGCUUGGAUCAAAAAUUUCAGCAAAGGACUCUUUUGACCCCUUGCAGUGCUCAGAAUAUGAAGGAACCCUCUUUCUGUAACUACCUCUGCCAUUUACAGGUAGCAUAGUGCUCUUCUAGAAGUGUUUGAUUGAUGCUGAGUUCGUCGGUCUCUUGUCUGUGGGUUGAAGUGAAGUUCAAUCAGCUCAGACCACACCCUAUCACGGAAUUUUGUCCCUACAAACAAGUGGCCUUUCGGCAAGUUUUUUUGUUGCUCCAAAAUUUUUUUGUGUUUUCUGUUUCGUACGCCAUCUCUGAUGUCAAAAAUUAAAAUAUAGAGACGAAGAAAAUGAUCUAAUAACAAUUCAAACCCAAUACGAGUACAUCGAACCUAUCACAUCAGCGUUUGCCAAGCCUCUGAAGCUGCAAAUAAGCAAUGCAAUGGAUUUUGCAUCAAUUCUUGCAAGCGUUCCUCUAUGCAAUUCUGAUGCUGGGCAUGAAAGUGACGAAGAUAUAGAAUUCCUGUCUUCAGAACCUAUAGAUACAGGGACUGAUGCAAUUAUAUUAAAUUUAGCUGAAAAAUCUGUGGAAACUGCUAAAAUUGAAUCAAAGGAAGAUGGAAAUUUGGCGUUUACUCCGCAAACAUCAGAACAAGCAAGUAAUGCAAAUGUGGUAACAGAAGAAAAAGGAAUAAUAACCACUGGUUUCCAAACUGUCGAUGAGUCUUGCAGCUCAAAAGUAGAAACUUCAGAAAGCGGAUGUGAUGCAAAGAAAUUUAUUUCGAAAAAUAUAGAAACUGUACCUUUAAAGAUAGAAAGUGUAGAGUCGGAAACCAUACAUAUUCCAAUGCACGAAAACUCUUCUAAUACUAAUCAAAUGAAGGAUUCCGGUGUCAGCCCUAUAAAAAAGAGCGAAAUUGGAUUUCAAAAAAUUGAAGCCAUACCUGAUCUGCUGCAGAGCUUAAGAAGUAUAAUUAGAGAAGAAAUUGGGAAUUUAGACAAACUGAAAUUAUCAGGCUUACAAACUGUGCAUCAAGUAGAAUGCAAGCAAUGUCAUACAAAGCCUAUAAUCGGAAUCAGGUAUAAAUGCCAAGAAUGUGAUAUCAGUUUAUGUGAGGCGUGUGAAGAUAUUUUUGAUCAUGAGCAUCCAAUGUACAAAAUGAAAAAAGUUGAGGACCUUAUAAAGCCUCCGCCUCCGCCUCCGCCUCCACCUCCACCUCCAGUUGUGAAUAUUCCAUAUAAAAUACCAGAUAAUAUAUUCCCUCCACCAAUUAAUUCUCAUAUGUUGCCGAGCAUUCAGCCAGUUCAAAAAGCUCCUCUAUAUGAAAUUCCAAAAAGUAACCCCCCUCAACCGAUUCCUUUGAAAUAUCCAGAAUUUGAGCCGAUAAAGAAAUCACAUCCUCUUGAUGAAAUCAAUCAAGUCAGUGCAAAUUCAGAAAGGUUCCAAAAAGCUAAAAUCUUGAUGGAUUUAGGCUUCAAAGAUGCAAAUAAAAAUAGAGUAGCUUUAGAAAAAGCCAAUUAUAACAUUGAUCAGGCAGUUGAAAUACUAUUAGAUGAAUAA